UCACUUACCGGAUGGAGCCGCAGCUGCAGUUGUUUCACGUCAAAACAAUCCGGAAGACGAUACAGCAUGACGGAACUGUUGUUGCUGCUGAAUAAAUAACAUUAGUGUUCAAGGCAUGGCAGUGGAGCUUAAUAAUGUUGUCGAGUAACAGACACACCUAGCGAAGCGACGGUUUCUCAUCGUUUUAUGAGUUGGAAGUCGAUCGGUCCUGCCUCGCGUUUUGGAUUCAAAGUCCAUGCAAACAUAUCGUAGCGGUUCAUUAUAUUAAAGUGCUGCAGCUCGUCGUAGACUGUUUCGGUGUCAUCAUGGGCAAUGGAAUGAAUAAGGUUGUUGAUGGGCUCUACCUUGGGAAUAUAAGAGAUGCAGAAAACAGAGAAAGCCUGUCUAAGAAUGGCAUCACCCACAUCCUGUCUGUGUACAACAAUGCUAAGCCUGUGUUUGAGGACAUGACAUACCUUUGUAUUCAUGCAGCCGAUGCUUCCAGCCAGAACCUGUUACAGCAUUUUAAAGAGUGUAUCAGCUUCAUCCAUGAAUGUCGCCUGAAUGGUGGAGCGUGUCUUGUUCACUGCCUUGCAGGAGUGUCCCGCAGUACCACCAUGGUGGUUGCUUACCUAAUGACUGUCACGCACUAUAGCUGGGAGGAGUGUCUGUCUGCUGUCAAGGCUGUUCGCUCUUUUGUCGGCCCAAACUAUGGCUUCCAGCAGCAGCUGCAGGAGUACCAGACGACGCAAGUCUCAGAGUACCGAGCAUGGUUACGCUCCAGUUUCCGUCCCAGUCCGUUCAAUGACCAGGAGCAGGUGGGGGCCCUGCUGAGCCAGUACACAGAGCAGCAGGAGAGCCAGAGAAGAGGAGCGGAUCAGCGCUGGAUAAAUCAGGGUGUAGGUGUCUGUGCUCUGCCUGACCCUGAUGGUCCUGAAGGCAGCAGCUGAAACAUGGGCCUCUGACCCAGCCAAAGUCCUGCCCAAUUCUGCCUGGAAAUGGCAGUAGCUAUUAUUCUGUACUCAAUUCCAAAUCAACCCCUAAACUAUAUCCAACUUUAAGGCCUUUGUGUAACACUGAAAGCAUAGGAGGAAACAAAUGCCUCCUUCUAAGCCAUGCCAAUUUUUUUGUUAAGUAUCACUACUUUAUUUGCAUUGGUCAUAGUCGAGUUUAAGCAAUGGAGGUUGAUUUAGAAUUGGGCUACAGAUUCUUGUUCACUACCAGUACCUCCCAUGCUCCCUUAACUGAGUAUAGCCACAACUGGGGUAUCGGUGCUCACAGACGCCUUACUCUGAACACCUCAGCACCUUAGCCAUGAUGAAUACACAAAACUUCCAUGUGGUCACUUCACACCUGCAAUGUUCAGACUGGUAGCCUUAAAGAUGUGACUGAUUAAUGCUGUCUUAAAGGAACAUUUUGCCUCUAAUUAUGUGGAUGACCAGUCUGUGCCACAAAUCUACACCAAAUUUGAUGCUAAUUAUUCUCACCAGAUAUUCUGACAUGUACCAGUUUGCAGUCCUGUUGAACUCUUUGAUCAACACUGCAGCUUGGGACAUUUGCAUACUGGCUGAGCUGACAGCAUAAAAUUCAUUCCUUUAAAAAUCGUGUACGUCCUACAGAGAGCAAGCACUGCUGCUUAUCAAAUGUGUCGAUUGAUGUUGCAUGUUCCAAUAAAAUACCAAGCUAUAAUGGUAGAGUCACCAAGGCCAAACAAUGUGUCUAUCUAGCUGGUAUAACAGAAAAAUAACAAGCAACAAAAAUAAAGAACAAGGAAGUAGUCCGAUAACAUAAAUGAGUUAUUUUGCAAUGUUAAGCACAGUGAAUGAAUCCACCCAUUGAACUGGAUCUGCACCAAAAUAUAAUGUGUCCUUCCCUGGCUCAUUCCCCGUCCCUCCACCAAGUUUGGUGCAAAUCGGUUCAGUACUUAUUGCGUAAUCCUGCUGACAAACAAACAGACACGGGUGAAAACAUAACCUCCUUGGCAGAGGUAAUAACCAAAAAACAGUCAUAGUGUUGUUAACAAAUAGGCUGACCACUUACAGAUGUUAUAACAAUAAAUAUAAUACUGUUGCACAGCACUGCCCGUGUAAUUAACAGCAUUUGUUUACACCCUGUUGGAUGUUGUUCUUUCAUUCCAGUUAGUACUUUUUGUUUCAUUUGGUUCAUUCUUAUGAAGAUUUCACACCGUGUAUCCACUAUAUGUAUCAGUGUCUGCACCAACAAUCCACAGUCCUGGAUAUCAUUUAACACCGGUGGAUAGCUGGGGAGUUGGCUCUGUCAGUUCCCAGAAACUCUGCCCCAGCCAAAAAAACUGUUGGUGAGUUAUCUUAUCCGGCAGCCAGGUUAAAAGAAAAAAAAAAAAAAGUACAAUAGCAAAAUCCUCUGUAGUCUUUCCACCCUCAACUGAUAUCAGAUAAGCCAGGGUUGGCAUUUGUUUGUAAACUAUGCUGUUUCAGUUAGAGUUGUAGAGGACAUUGGUUCAUAUCGUGGCCAUUUUAACAUGCAUCUAGGGGUAGUGUAUGGAGUAAGUAUCAAAAUUGGCAAAAGGUUCCUUUAAGUAAAACAUAACAGGUUAAAUUGGGGAGUUACAUAAAAUAUAGCAUGAAGGAUAUCUGUUAGUCUUCCUGAUUUUACUGAAGCUCUGAUUUAUCUUUUUAUCGUGACAAAACUGAUUUUGAGGGAAACUGUGUUAGAAAUUCAUGGGUACAGUUAAUUUUUUAAAUUGUGUAUUUAUGGAGUUUUUUGUUUGUUUUAUAAUAAAAUGCAGCGAUUGACAAAAAAUAUGGAAAUGCUAAUAAAUCUGUACUAUCAACACCAAA